GGCGCGCCGGAAGGAGGGCGGAGCGCGGCCCGCGGUUGUUUGGGUCCGGCGGGGCUGUGAGGGCGGCGGGGAGCGGUGGCCAUGGGGGUCCCCAAGUUCUACCGGUGGAUUUCGGAGCGGUACCCCUGCCUCAGCCAGGUGCUGAAGGAGCAUCAGAUUCCAGAAUUUGACAACUUAUAUCUGGACAUGAAUGGCAUUAUACAUCAGUGUUCACAUCCAAAUGAUGAUGAUGUACACUUCAGAAUCUCAGAAGAUAAGAUUUUUGCUGAUAUUUUUCACUAUUUGGAAGUACUGUUUCGCAUUAUUAAACCAAGGAAGGUUUUCUUCAUGGCAGUUGAUGGAGUGGCUCCAAGAGCAAAAAUGAAUCAGCAGCGUGGGAGACGUUUUCGAUCAGCAAAAGAGGCAGAGGACAAAAUAAGAAAGGCAUUAGAAAAGGGAGAAACUCUCCCUACAGAAGCCAGAUUUGACUCCAACUGUAUUACACCAGGAACUGAAUUCAUGGCUAGAUUGCAUGAGCAUCUUAAAUAUUUUGUAAAUAUGAAGAUUUCCACAGACAAAUCCUGGCAAGGAGUAACAGUCUACUUAUCAGGCCAUGAGACUCCAGGGGAAGGUGAGCAUAAAAUUAUGGAGUUUAUCAGAUCAGAGAAAGCAAAGCCCCAUCACGAUCCAAACACAAGACACUGUCUCUAUGGCUUAGAUGCUGACUUGAUUAUGCUGGGAUUAACAAGUCAUGAGGCACACUUUGCGCUCUUAAGAGAAGAAGUCAGAUUUGGUGGUAAAAAAUCUCAAAGAGCAUGUGCACCAGAGGAAACAACGUUUCAUUUACUGCACUUGUCAUUGAUGAGAGAAUACAUUGAUUAUGAAUUUUCACCAGUAAAAGAUAAGAUUUCCUUUGAAUAUGAUAUUGAAAGGAUAAUAGAUGAUUGGAUCUUAAUGGGUUUCCUUGUAGGAAAUGAUUUUAUUCCUCAUCUACCUCAUUUACACAUUAAUCAUGAUGCACUGCCGCUACUUUAUAGAACAUACAUGGCUAUCUUGCCGGAACUGGGAGGUUACAUUAAUGAAAAUGGGCAUCUGAAUUUAAAACGCUUUGAGAAAUAUCUCGCAAGAUUGUCAGAUUUUGAUCGUGAACACUUCAGUGAAGUCUUUGUAGACCUAAAAUGGUUUGAAAGUAAAGUAGGCAAUAAAUACCUCAACGAGGCAGCUGGUAUUGCAGCAGAGGAAGCCAGAAAAAAUAAACAAAAGAAACAAAAGGGUCAGGAAAAUUCUAUAUGUUUGGCUGUUUUAGAAAAAAACGAAGGUGAAGUGACUCCCAAAACUGUGUUGGAAGAUGAACCAGAAGAUGAUGAUCUGUUUGAAACUGAGUUUAGGCAAUACAAAAGAACAUACUACAUGACUAAAAUGGGUGUAGAAGUAGUUUCUGAUGACUUCUUGGCUGAUCAAGCUGAAUGUUACGUCCAGGCAAUACAAUGGAUUUUGCAUUAUUAUUACCAUGGAGUUCAAUCAUGGAGCUGGUAUUAUCCUUAUCAUUAUGCACCUUAUCUGUCAGAUAUUCGCAACAUCAGCGAACUCAAAAUCAAAUUUGAACUGGGAAAACCUUUCAUGCCAUUUGAACAGCUUCUUGCUGUACUUCCAGCAGCUAGCAAAGAUCUGCUGCCUAAAUGCUACCAGCAUUUGAUGAUUAGUCAAGACUCUCCUAUUAUAGAAUAUUAUCCACCGGAUUUUAAAACUGACCUGAAUGGAAAACAGCAAGAAUGGGAAGCUGUAGUAUUAAUCCCGUUUAUUGAUGAGAAACGACUGCUGCAGGCCAUGGAAUCCUGUAAUAAGUGCCUAAAAGAAGAGGAGAAACGAAGAAAUACUCACAGUGCUUGCUUGAUGUACUGGUAUGACAAAGAUGCAGAGUUCCAGUACAUGUCACCAUGGCCAGAGAAAUUCCCCGCAAUAGAAAGAUGUCAUACAAGACAUAAAACAAUACCUUUGGAUGCUUGGCAUGUAGAAAUAACCCACAAUAAGAUAACUAAAAUCAACAAGAGUGCAUUAUAUUUUUGUGGAUUUCCUACUUUAAAGCACAUUAAACAUAAGUUCUACCUUAGAAAAAGUGGUGUACAGGUGUUUCAGCAAAGCAGCCAUGGAGAGAACAUGAUGUUGGAAAUCAUAGCUGAUGAGAACUCAAACGAGCAGAUAGUAGAAAAUGUUGCCAGUUUGAUACUUGGAAAGCGUGUUUUUGUUAACUGGCCACACCUUGAAGAAGCCAGAGUUGUUGCUGUGUCAGAUGGAGAAACUAAGUUUUAUUUGGAAGAACCACAUGGCACACAGAGGCUUUACAUGGGAAAUGCAGUGCCUCCAACUAAAGUGGCAUAUGUUGGAGAUAAGGAGCAAAGCAUGUGGUUAAAAGAAGUUCAAGGCAUUUCAGAGCACUACCAGAGAAGAAAAGGAAUAAUUAUCCAUGAAACAUCAAUAGUAGUGUAUGCUCAGUUACUCACUGGUAAUAGAUAUCAGCUACGCCAAAAUGGAGAAGUUUAUUUGGAGAAGCAGUGGUCAAAACAAGUUCUUCCUUUUGUUUACCAAACAGUUGUCAAGGAUAUCAAAGCCUUUGACUCUCGUUUUUCAAACAUCAGAACUUUGGAUGACUUAUUUCCUCCUGGAAGUGCAGCCUUUAUGCUGGGAUCUCCGUAUUACGGCUGCAUGGGAGAAGUUCAAGAUUCACGUGAUGUGAUCACAGAAGGUAGAAUUCGUGUAGUUUUCAAUAUUCCUUGUGAACCCCAGCUUGAUCCUUUAAUACAGAACCAGCAUAAAUACUCUGUGAAAUACAAUCCUGCAUAUAUUUUGGCCAGCCGUCUUGGAGUAAGUGGAUAUCUUGUGUCCAGAUUUACAGGGAGUAUCUUUAUUGGAAGAGGAUCAAAGAAAAAUCCUCAUGGAGAUCACAAAGCAAAUGUGGGGCUAAACCUGAAGUUCAAUAAGAAAAACGAAGAAGUUCCUGGCUAUACUAAGAAAGUUGGAAAUGAAUGGAUGUAUUCUUCUGCAGUAGAACAACUGCUUGCUGAGUAUUUAGAAAGGGUCCCUGAACUAUUUAAUUAUAUAGCCAAGAAUAGCCAGGAAGAUAUCUUCUAUGAAGAUGACAUUUGGCCUGGAGAGGAUGAGAAUGGAGCUGAGAAAGUUCAAGAAAUUGUUGCCUGGUUAAAAGCACAUCCUGUGUCUGCUUUGUCUCGCUCAUCUUGUGACUUGCAAAUUUUGGAUGCAGCCAUUGUUGAGAAAAUUGAAGAAGAAAUAGAGAAAUGCAAGCAGAGAAAGAGCAACAAGAAGGUGCGAGUGACUGUGAAACCCCAUUUGCUGUACAGACCAUUAGAACAACAGAAUGGGGUUGUUCCAGAUCGAGAUGCAGAGUAUAGGCUGUUUGACCGUGUUGUCAAUGUGAGAGAGAACUUUUCUGUUCCAGUUGGUCUUCGAGGUACCAUUAUAGGAAUUAAAGGAGCCACUAGAGAAACAGAUGUACUCUUCGAAGUUUUGUUUGAUGAAGAAUUCCUUGGAGGCCUAACCAUAAGGUGCUCACCUGCCAGAGGUUAUCGUCUGCCAUCAAGUGCCUUAAUUAACCUGUCCCAUGGUAGUCGGUCAGAAAUGGGAAAUCAAAAACUGAUGGCCAUAGUUAAACCUCAGCCAGCUGUGAAUAACUGCAAUUCAUAUGCAUCUGAUCUGUCAUCUGUAUGCUCACAAAAAGAUCAUCUGGGAGGCCUCAACCAUUCUCCUCGCUCCCUUUUUGUUCCUACUCAACAACUGAAUGGAAGACAGCAUUACAAUCUCAGGGCUGAAAAUCAGGGCAACUCUAACUCACCCCAGAAAGGAUCAUUUCUGAGUGGCAAUCAGAAAAAUAAAGCACAGAGUAAGCAAGAUGAUGAAUUCUGCAGCAUAUGGCAAUCAUUGCAGGGUUCUGGGAAGUCUCACCACAUUCAGCAAAACAUGCAUGAGAAGGGUGCAGUUCUACCUCAGGAAAUCAAACUAGGAACUGGCAAUCAGUUCUAUAAGCCAGAAUUCAACGACAGCAGCUUUAAAGGUCAGCAAAGAAAACAGGAGCCAUAUAAAAAAUUUAAAGAAGAUUCCAAAGUUACAAGAGGUGAAAGUCAGCCACAUAAUAAAAUAUCAAACAAACAGAAUUUUGCAGGUGUGAAUAAGUACAAUGUCAAACUUUUGAAGCGGAAUGUAAGUCCCAAUGUGCCUGCAAUUCAGAAGGCUGCAGUGGAUGGUCCCUGUACAGGCGGAAAGAAGGACAAUGAACUUGAAAGCCUUCUAGCUUCUUUGAAAAUUUCCAAAGAAAACGAAGCACAGACUUAUUCCAAGGAAGCAAGAGCUACAAAUGAAGAACAUCUGUCACCACAGUCAUUUGCUAUGAAAGGAACUCAGAUGCUUAAAGAGAUUUUGAAGAUAGAUGGCUCUGACCCGGAAACAAAGAAUGAACUGAAAUCCCAAGUUAAUGAUGUUCCUGCUCUCCCUAGUAGACAGGAUUGCCAUGGAGCUGCCUCGCAGUAUAGACAAACAAAAAAAAUGGCUGCUUAUAUGAACAAGCAUCAUGGCACUGGAGGCCCUCAGAACACCCCAGCACUGGAAACUGGAGGUCACCCUUUUGCUUGUCCACAGCCUGCACUGUCUACUGUUUCUGAACUUUCUCGUAUUUGUUCUCUUGUUGGAAUGUCACAACCAGAUUUCUCUUUCCUAAAAACACCACAGACCAUGACAGUUUGUCACAUAAAACUAUCAAAUGGCUUGUUGGUUCACGGACCACAGUGUCAUUCUGAAGCUGAAGCAAAGGAGAAAGCUGCACUUUUUGCUUUACAGCGUUUGAGUUCUGUAGGAGUAAACUUCCCUGCGCCUCCACCUCCGCCUCCACCAGUGUUUCCAAAUUACCAGCCACUGGGAGUUCCUGUACCGCCUGGAUCUAUUCCUCCAGUAUUUGCACAACCCCCUGCUAAUAUAAUGCCUCCAUCAUCUCACAUGUUUGGUCCAGUGUCCUGGGGAACUCCAGUGCCUAAACAUUACUAUCCUGGGUCCUAUCCAGGAAAUGUGUCUCUUGCAGGAACUAUACCAGUUGGUUCUCACCACCAGUUUAUACCUCUGCAGUUAUGUUCUUCUCUUUCUACCUCUGGAAAGGGGACACAGUGACACCAAGGGCAUAAGGGCAGUCUGAAUACACACUCGUCCAAAAGAAUCCAAAUUCAGGUGCAUGAGGAUCCGUGAAUUUUGAGACUGUAAUUGAUAAAUAUUACGAAGAAUCGAAUAUCAUGAGGUAAGUAGCUGUUGUUUAUUAACAAAAGAAUUCAUGGUUCCAACAGUAGUUCCUUAUUGCUGCCAAUUUUUGGUGGGGUGUUUACUCUUAUUUUUCUGUAAAUUAAAAAUUUCCAGUUUCAUUUCUCCUUUGAAAGAGAAUAUAAAUCAAAGAGAACAGAAGGAGUCACAGUGCCAUUAAGUGUGAACAGUAAAGCUGAUUCCUGUUAUUUUAAAGGAGAAAGAAAGCAUUUUUCAUCAACCUUAUCAUUUUUCUGGUAAAACUUGGUCAUUGUUACUGCAUCAGCAUUGCUGUAUGAAAGUCUAUAAUCACAUUUAGUCCUGUAUUUUGUGGAAUUGCAAGAAAGGCCAAGGCUGGCAAUCAAAAGCCAAAAUGUAAUGUCUUUGCAAUUAACAGCAGCAACAAAAUUCAAAGGCAGCAACUUUGAGGGCGUUGAGGGUAUGGUGUGAAGCAAGAACUGUGAUUCCACUGAAAGUGAUCUAUUUCAGAGUAACCUAUGCAUGUUUUAGAUUUAGCACUAUUUGGGGAUAGAUUAUGAUGUUUACUAUUAGCCUCCUGAUGUUUCUUCCAGUACGUGUUUUUUUGAAACAGUUGAAAUGCUUUGUCAGUCAAUGAAAUGUAAAUCAGUAGGGUAGAUGGAGAGCAGUGUAGGCUGCUGGAAUCUCUGAGUUUAAUGAGCCCAUAUUGAGAUGGUUCAUUCUUUUAGUUUUUUCUGUGUUUAAAUAUUUCCCUUUUCCUUCCCCUUGCUUUCUUUUUUAAUUCUUUUUAUUUUUUAAUUUACUUUUUAAGUGGCUAGAUCUUACUGAAACAAUAGUUAAGUGCUUUUUAUUCCCUUUAGCCUCUAGUAUAUCCAUUCUCUUCUUCUUCUACUUAAGCUUCAUCAAUGGCCAUUUUCCUCUCUUUAGUUUUAGAUUUUUUUCCUGUGAAUUUCCAGACUUUGAAACCAAUGUUCUUUUAGAGAGCUGUUCAGCCCUGGAUUUUCUAGGUACAAAUGACUAUUCAUCACGUGUAUACGCACACACAUAUAUUUAUAUACAGAUAUAGGACUCAGUCUCCUUAUUUUCUCAAAGCUAGUUCUGUCAAUUUUAGUCCACAUCAUAAUUCCGUGUGUGGCAUCCAGAGAAUGAGGGAGAACUUAUAUAUACACAUUGCACUUCUCCAAAUAUAGAUAUUACUUAGGAUGGGUUAAAAGCAUGGACAAAUAGUGAAACAGUAGCAGAAUAAGCACACCAGUUUUCACUUCACUUGCUUUGGUAGAUAAAUUCUUAGCUUAAAACUCAAUUGUCCUAAUGUCUACCUCAUUCUCUGUCUAAGGUUACUUCUGUUGCAGAGCUGGCAGAAGGGCACAUUGUGCCUCAGGCACAAUGCAAAACCUCAUGUAUGUGGGCACAGUUUUGGUGUGCCGGCUUAACCAGUCUCUUUUUUGUUCCCACUGGCUCGUGCCAAACUGUAUUGCCGCAUUAUGAACCAUAUCAAGGAAUUAAUCUGAUUGAAACUCUUUCCCCCGUGUUAUUUUUCAGCCUGGUAGUUCGCCGUGGAGCCACCAGAACAGCUGUGUUGGUACAACAGUUCGCAGUGUGAGGGCGGGAUGAUUUAGCAAGAGUGGAACCGCUUGUGAAACAUCCCAUCGUUGCCUAGAACUCAAAUCGCCUACGAAGCUAACAUGCUAGAUUAACUGAUGUCAUUGUAUGUGGUUCUGUCGGUUGGCUUCAAGGAGAGUGGUAAAUUCUGGCAGGAGUACAGGAGGAGCUGCUGAGAAUGGUCAUAUGGUAAAUUAUUGCAGCAAAACUUGCCAAAAGGUCAUUGCUUUCAUUUUGGGCUGUCACAUUAAGUUUCCAGGCAAGGCUUAAUGAAAGAUGGUUGGGGGCUGCACCAAUCAAUGGAGCAAUAGGAAUUAGUGGGUUCGUUCUUAUUUAAAUGUAAGCUGAGUAAGGUCCCUGAGGCCAGUGCUUUCGUAAUAUUAAAAUUUGUUAAAAUAGCAGAGCUAAGGAGGUGGGUAUAAUGGUAAACAAGAGUUUGAUGAGGCAGUAGAAGGGUAGAUGCAUCUUGACAAAAUACUGCUAAGGAAAGGGAGUUAAAGACAAAAUCAUGCAUUACACGUUUUGGGUCUUGCUCUCCCAGAUUCCAGUAACUAGAACCGUGUAAGCACUGCUAGUAACAGGUUCGAUUCAUAGUGAAAGCCUGGGGUGAGCAGAAGAGUCUCCUAUGGAUCAGUCGCACAACAGAAAUGCACCUGAGAACACCUUUAUUUAAAAGGAAAAAUAAGUUACCUAUUCAAAAUACAGUUUAACCAGUAAUUUGGACAUAAAUAGUCCUAGAAAAUGUCAGCAUCGUGUUUUCUUUCUAGAAAUUAGGUCUGCUGGAUCUGUAGCACUCCCAUCUCUCAAGGCCUGUUUUAACCUGUGUAACUGAGGCAAAAAUCCCUCUUGCUUGGCAUCAUCCUCUAAAAUGUACUUGUUGCUGACUGAAACAUGCUGAGCAUGAUGGCAUUGCUUACAGAUAGUCAAUAUAAAUUACUCAUGGCAGGGGUUUUGCCAUCGCUGCCAGCAAUGGAGGAUCUCAUCCCUGAUGUUCUGCCUUUUGGUUGGUUUUACUUAAUAACUCUUUCCUUUGCUACAGCACUGGACAGGUCCCUGGAGUGCCUCCACUCCUUCAUUUGCUUUGGUAAUUCCAGUAAAAGGUAAGUCCAGUCGUAUUUUCCAGACACCAAAGAAGGUGAGGAUUUCAGCAGAAAAGAUGCAGAAGUACGGGACACAGCUGCUGCGGUGAUAGGUAUGUGACCCCAGGUGUGUGAAUUCCUUGCCUUCUGAACAGUGGAAUGGCACCUGCACGCUCUCGCUCAAACAGGAGCACUAGGGCGGUGGUAGAGGUUAUGCAGGCUUGUUCUCAGAAUUGCAGUGCAGUGUAAGAGACGGACGUCCACACAUCUUCACUUCAAACUGAAUGUUUCUUGUCUGUGUAAGAUCAACGCGGGGCUUUUACUUAUGUUGGUGAUAAGAUUUUUCCUGAGGGUGAUAGAGGUUUUGGAUAGACAAAGAGUGUGUGGGAAUGAUAUUAUUUAUGAAAAAAUAAUAUAAACUAAUGCCAAAUAAGUCAUGUAUGGACAAGCUAUGCAUGUCUGAAAACCUGUCUCCUCCUUUAUUGCUUUGGUUUUUUUUUCGUGUUGCAAACAGAACAAUGAUAAAACUUGUAUUUCAUAAGCCUCUUAUAAAUUGAGUAAUUCUAAUACAUGCUAUAUAACUGAGAUUACAUAUGGACUGCAGCUCUGCAAGUUGGUUCAUGUUGUCUUUUUUUCCAACGUAUAUAUAUGGUGUUCCUCUUCCAGAUGCAUUGAAGUUCUCCUUAACAUAUUAAACAGUGUUUAAGAUUUGCAUGAAGAAAUCGACCUAUGGUCACUUCCAUGCCAUACAGUGAAUCGGAGGGGUAUUUAUUUGUUACAUUAAGAGCUUGUAAAAGAAAAAAAAACUAAUGUGCACCUCUGUUUUCUUCUUGAAGUUUUGUUUCAUCCUGCAGUGAGAUAGGCCCCACCUGUGUUGAUACUGUAAAAACAUGAAGGAUGUCUAGAUGAGUUUUCCCAAUGUUACUUAAUGCUUCCUAGUUUUUGAAUGUUUGGAGAGGUUUCAGCCUUUUAUACCAGUUACACAUGUUGAAUCUUUUUAGGGAACUUUCUUCAGGAGUUCUAAAUAAUUAUUUACCAAAACCAACAGAAUAAUUAAAUUAGUUUGGAAAAAAAAAGAAACUGUCUAAAUCAGAAAUGAAGUACUUGAUACCAUCUAUUAGCUGUAUGUCGAGAGAUUACAGCUUGUCAAGUUAUAGUCAAAGAGAAUAUAGAAGUCAAAGUUAUGAUGACUUUUUAAUUACUUGUUCAUUAGGGAGGAGAGGUGAAGCAGCCCUUCCUUGGCUUUCUCUUUCAUAUGCCUUCAGAUCCCCAAGACCUCUGCAACUGCCUGGGUGAGGUGGUCUCCCUAAUGUGCCUUUCACUGUUGUUAAUAUUCCUGGUUUAAAGAUCCAGUAACAAACGACUGUUAUCCCAUAGAAUAUCCUUUUGUCGUUCAUUGUGCACCUUUUUGUAUCAGGGGCCAAACAAGUGCAAGGGGAAAAUAUUUUUUAUGUAUUUUCUGGGUUUGCUUUUUUCCUGCUGUGAUUAAACGAGUUAAGCUAAUUGA